AUGUACUGCGACCUCAACGUCAACAACCUUAUUGCCCUGCGCAACACUCAUAUGAUCCGAACCUAUAUUGAGAUAGAUCCUCGCGUCCGCCCCAUUAUCAUGAUAGUCAAGCACUGGGCCAAGCGGCGGGCCUUGAAUGAUGCCGCCAAAGGAGGAACCUUGAGCAGCUACUGCUGGGUCAUGAUGGUUCUCAAUUUUCUGCAGAUGCGCGAUCCGCCCAUUCUUCCGUGCCUCCACGAGCUGUACUUUUUCAAACUCAAAAACAGCAUCCCUGUCCAGCCCAUCAUCGUCGACGGAGUCGACUGCACCUUUGCCGACGAUCUCGAGACUCUGCGCGGGUUUGGAAAGUCAAACCACGAAACGCUGGGAGCGCUGCUGUUUUCAUUUUUUCGCCGCUAUGCAAUCGAUCUGGACUAUGAAAGGGAUGUCGUCUCCGUUCGGCACGGCCGCCUUCUCACGAAACAAGAAAAGGAAUGGCAUGUUGAUAUCGAGCGCAAGUGUCGAUACCUAUGUGUCGAAGAACCUUUCGAUCCCCAAAGAAACCUCGCCAACUCUGCCGAUGGCGCAUCCGUAGCCCACCUGAGGCAGGAGUUCCACCGUGCCCUGACGAUCCUCGCUCAGACC